UGUGGAUGUACAAUGCAAAUCCUAUAUAAAGCCUGACAAUUCGCUCGAGACUUAUAGUCAAUUUAGAAAUGUUAGAAAAGUCGCUGCAGCAAUUCGCAUAUUUCGCAUUAAUCUCCAUAUUUGCGGUCACAAUUGAGGCCGUCAAAUAUGACUUUGUUGUAGAUAACGAGGAUGUGUUUACACCUUGUGAAGACUUUCCAGACAACUAUAUUGAUAAGUUUUUCGAUAUAUCGGGCUUGUCUUUCGAACGGGAGGGCGACCUGGUGAAAGUUGUUGGAGACGUCAAAUUGGUGCAUGAGUUCGAGAAUGAUGUACCCAUACAACUUGAUGCACAAGUGUACAGGAGAUCUCGUGGAGAAUGGGUGGACACCAUCUAUAACAUCCGUCGGCCGGAUUUCUGCCCGGUGUUGUACAAUGGGAAUGAAUUGUGGUAUAAAUAUACCAAUGUGGUGCCGGAAGCUGACCGGAAAUGUCCACCACAACCUGGUCUAACAAUAUCCUUCGACUCGUUGUUCGGCUUAUCGUAUGAUUUGCAAGAUCGCAGCGCUGAUGGGGACUACAAGUUGAGAGUCAUGAUGGGCCAGGGAAAAGAGCUUAUGUGUUUCGAAAUCGAAUGCAGUGUCUACAAAGAAUGAGUUGUGUAUUAAGUGAACAAAUGUACAUACGCACCAGGUAUUGAAUAAAUCGCCAAAAUUGAAAA